UAAUUAAUCAAUGGAUCUUUUAUCCUCUAGACCAGCAGAUGAUAAUCCGAUCGAAAACUGUUGCAAGAAACUUACUAUUUUCGAUGUCGCCAUAGCUUCUCUUCUGCUCGUCGGUGUCUUUCUCCUUCUCUUCGCCGUCGGCCCAUCGAUGUCUGUCGACAAAUCUACCUGGAUAACCUCGUAUAACCCUUUAUCCCAUCCAUUAACGUUCAACAUGACCGUUUACAUAGACGAGUUGGACGAGGUGUUGGCAGGUGUAUCCGACAUAAACAAAACAGUCAUAAUCACUGUCGUGAACAAGGCCUACGCGGAGGGGGAUAAACCGAUGCUAGACCUUUUCUUGGAUGGAUUUUGGUUGGGUAAUGAUACCCAGGACUUGAUUAAUCAUUUGUUGGUUGUGGCGCUUGACAAAACUUCGUUCGAACGUUGUAGAUUUCUCCGGCUGAGGUGUUACAAGCUCGAGACCGAUGGGGUUGACUUUGCCGGAGAAGAGCUUUAUAUGUCUGAGGACUUUAUUAAAAUGAUGUGGAGGAGAACGUCUUUCCUUGGAGAUGUUCUAAGACGGGGAUAUAACUUUGUAUUUACGGACACGGAUAUAGUAUGGUUAAGGAAUCCAUUUCCUGAACUAAUAAAAAUGGGUGAUAUUGAUGAUGAACCGGACUUUCAAAUAAGCACGGACAGGUUCAACGGGGAUGAAUGGUCGAAAACUCAAGAUGUGAACACGGGCUUCUUCAUGGUUAGAUCGAACAACAAAACGGUGGCACUUCUCGAGACAUGGUAUGGGAAGAGAAAUACUAGCCAAGGGAUGAAGGAGCAAGAUGUUUUGCAAGCCAUGAUAAGAGAAGGAAUAAUAUUCAAUCAUUUGGGGCUUAAAACAAGAUUUCUUAACACCCUCUUCUUUAGUGGUUUUUGCCAAGAUAGUAAAGAUGUUCAAAACGUGAUCACUGUACAUGCCAAUUGUUGUCGGACGAUAAGUGCCAAGUUGGCGGAUCUAACGGCUGUUCUUCAUCGGUGGAAGGCGUUCAAGAGUUCGAAAGAUCAGUUGGAUUUUCAUUGGUCUGUUCCUCAUUCAGCGUGUGUAGAGUCAUGGAAGUAAGAUUGAGAUUUGGUUGUGCAAGGGUUAAGUUGUCUUUUUAACUCUAAAGAUAUGUAUUCCUUUAUUGUUUAGAAUCAAUUUUAGAAAGAAAGAAAAAAAAUAAGUAUUAG